UGAACCUUCAACUUUCACCAAAAGUGACAACAUAUUUGAAAUAUAAAAUAAAAUUCCUUCCUGUCAUUCAUUUGGCAACGGACAAGACUCAAAUUUUGUUAAAGAUUGAGUGAGUAUUGUAAAUAUUAUUUUUGGUUAAAUGUGAGAACAAUUAAGGAAGGAGCAAGUGAGAAAUAUAUGAAAAAUUUUAUUUUAUUAUUUUUAUGGUUCCAUAAACUAUUUCUUAAAGAAAUACUUUAAAACUUUUGGAAUAACAAUGUGAUGAAUAUGGAGGAAAAUUCAAAAUAUAGUUGUCAUGUUCUUUCACCUUUAAAAAAAAAUAUUUUGUUUUCUUUGCCUGUGGGGUGUCAUUAAAAGGUUACUGAUUAAAAGUAUCUAAUUAUUUUGCACUUGAAGCCUUAAAAUUUGAAGCUUGAUGCAAAAAAUUAUGAUUAAAAAAUAAAUAAUUAUUAAACAUUUGAAAUAUUUUAACCUUUUCGAUACAGAUGACGUCAAUGCAACGUCACGAUCACCCACUUUCAAUUACCAAGGACGUCACAUUGUCAUCAUAACAAAGAGGCAAAGAACUUUUCUGAAAUACCAAGGACGUCACGUCGACGUCAUAUUUCACUGCUUUAUAUUUCUUUAUUUGUUAAUCUAUAGAGAAGUUAAUAAGCGAAUCUUAUAGAGCAGGCCCGCACAACAUACGGCCCGUGGGCCACAUGUGGCCCGCCAGCACCCACUAGGCGGCCCGCGAAGUAACAAAAUAAUUUUUAUUAUUAUUAUUUUCUGAAUAGCUUUCCCCCUUGUGCUAUCAUCUUUCGAGCUGCACAAGCUUUUCAUAAAGUAUUUUGGCCCGCCUUACAUUUUGAGUUGUGCAGGCCUGGUAUAGAGAAUGAAAAAUACCGGAAAUUUCUUCUUUAAUUUUAAAAAAAUUGCUAAGUCAGCAAAAAUCAAUGCCAAAACCAGCAGUAACGAAAGGUUUAAACAAAUUGCAGAAAAUUUUAUUAGAUAAAAAAAAAUUCCUUUUUCACAAAAACCAUUGCAUAAAUGCAUUAUAAUUGUCUUAUGGGAUACCUCUCUUUUGUUUCUGUAAAUUUAUAGAAUAAAUAAAUUUGUCACCACAAACAACAUUCUGUUUUUAGAAAAGUGAUGAUACAGAUGCUAAGUUGAGAUUGUGUCAUUCUUAUCUUUUACAAUACUUUUAAAAAAAACUGGGUCAGAAGGAACACUACAUUUGACACGACUGUAAGCGUGUAUCACCUGCCCUUGCUUAUUUAUGCACUACCCAAACCAACUGGACUGAGACACUCUUUUUAUUAUUUUUUAAAAUAUGAACGGUGAAAUGCUUCUUUUUAUUUACAUUCAAGCAAACUCAGUAAGUUUUUAUCCACUUUAAGUAAAAAGGAAUUAUCAGUGAUCCAACAUAUUUUGUAAGCAGUUCCACUUAUUUAUCAUAAUCAUUUUAUAUUUAAGUGUCAUUGUAAAAUCUCUUUGUUUUGGAUUUUUUAAUUUCAAAGUCCAACUUGUAAGUGACUAAAACACACCCAUGUAUAACUAUUAAAAUUCCAUAAAUUUAAGCUGGAAAUAUUUUAAAUGUAUAAAAUCUUAUUUAACAUUCACAGGCAGUGUCCUAGGUCAUGAACUAUGAUGAACUGCUUAGACCGACUGGAAGAAGAGGUCAUCAAAGUGAGUUGUCUUUUUUCUCCUUGCCUCAGUGUUUUAAUUAAAUUUAAAUGUGGGGGUCCCACUUAUUUAAAAGUAAACCUUUCAGUGCAAUUUUUAUGACACUUCAAAAGAGCAUAUAUUCAUUAUCCUGAACAUAUUUGAGCUUAAAGUUCUCUUUUGGUUCUAAUUCUCCUUGAAAUCUAAAGUUUGAUACUCAGCUUAGUUUUUAAGUUUGGUAUAGCCUCCUUUGGUGUUAAGCUAAGCAAGAAUAACAUGACCAUCGCCAUGAGGCAGAUCCUUAAUGCUUCUACCUCCGACACUACCUGUCCCCUUGUCUCAACACAUCAAGUAUUGUAGUUGUUUUUAUUUUCAGAUUCUCGUUAUUGGUGAUGCAGGUGUAGGGAAGACGUCAUUUGUUCAAAGAUAUGUCAAGGAUGAAUUUAAUAAAGAUUACAAGUGCACCAUUGGCUGUAAGAAUAACUGCACAGUUUAGAACCCUUUGUUUGCCCCCCUCUUAUCCAGUUACAAAUGUAUUUAUUCAUGUUUUUUUUUUUAACUUUUAUUUUAGCUGUCUACACUCCCUGUGGUUAAAAAGUUUUAAGUUUACAAACAUAAAAAAAAAAAAAAGAUUAUUUCGGUGAUCAUGAAAUAUUUUUGUGCCCACUGCAUAUUAUCUGAUGGUCAAAUUUUGUUUGCUGUGUUCUUGCUUAUCUGACUUUGCACUUGAAUUCAAACAACUUUCAGGUAUAAAAUUAUUUUCUUGGUCAUUUUACAAGUAAACUUAAACUAAAAAUAUAAAGCUUUAGGUGAAGGAAUUUUCCAUGUUUGCCUAAACAAAGUUUGUCUCUAGUAAAACCCAACUAAAAAUAUAAAUGUUUCCAAAAGAGAUCUUUUGUAAAAAAAAAUAAUUAAUUUGUUCAAUGUCACUGUUUUAAAAAAAAAGGAAAGAAAAACAUGUUUAUUGUACAUUUUUGGAUUUAAUUCAGGUAGCUUAGCUUAACAGGAAAGCCUGAAUAUGAUUAUUAGGUUGACAGAUGCGUUUUAAUUCCACAUUAAUUGUUUUGAAUUUGUUGGUUGAGAUCUUUAUGGCUAACCUCUUUCUCAAGAAUAACAGUCUUACUUAGGUAAUGAGUUUACUCAGCAUGUAAAUGUUUAUAAAAAAUUAUUGCUCAAAUCAAAUAAUUUUAUAUAAAUUAUCUGAAACGUUCCAUACUUGCAAUUUUAAAAAAAAUUAGUUAAGAAAAUAAAAUUUCCAUCUGAUAAUUUGAAACAUUUAUGUCUUAUUAAUUGAUUUUUAAAAAAAGUUGAUUUGAAUGCUGAAUUGUUGUGAAAUAAUUCGGAAUGUAAAAAAAUAUGGCUGGCCAUGCUUUGAGGUUUCUUUUUUUUAAUGGUUUGCAAUCAUUUUUUUAAUUGAAAUUAUAAGAAUUCUCAAUGUUGUUGUUUUUUUCCCCGCAGUUGAUUCUGUGAACAAAAUUAUCAAGAGUCAUGGUGGGAAACCUGUGAAUUUCAAACUUCAAAUCUGGGACAUAGCUGGUAUGGUUGUGGUCUAUUCUUUAAAAUGGUCCUGGAUCCUUUAUUAAAUCAUGAACACAUUUUUUUUGUACACAGUUGCACAAGAUGAUAACUAUUUUAAUGCACAAAAUCUUGCAUAAUAUAUAUAUAUAUAUAUUUAAAUAUAUAUACAUGCAUACUGUGAACAUAAAUUAAAUAAAGUGGGUCUUCAUUUAAAUUUAGCAAAUAUACUCACUAAAAAUAACAUUAAAAAUAGUUGAAGUGGAGAAAUUUUCUUUUAACUCUGAGAUUAACAAAAAUAUUAAAAUGGGAACAUAUUUACAUUACAUUCAUACAACUGAAUAGCUAUCUUUACUUGAGCUGAUGGGACUGUUUUCCUUCUCUUAAGGUCAAGAUAGAUUUCCCUUGCUGACAAGGUCCUAUUAUAAAUAUGCUAGAGGCUGCCUCCUUUUAUUUGACAUCACAAGACAUCAAACUUUUGAGAAUGUCAGUAAGUGGAAGGAGAGUCUAGACAAAAACUUGGAUCCUGAUUCUCCAGCGAUACCAUGCCUGCUGGUGGCCAAUAAGGUAUUCUUAAAGAAAUAUAAUAAAAUAGCUGUACACUUUCAUGAAAGCAUAAUUCUGUAUGAAAACUGGAAUAGGAAAAAGAGGACCAGGAUGAUUUGUUGUCUUAGACAUAUUUUUAUUCUUUUGGGGGUAUAAUAGAAUUGUAGCAUCUUAUAAUGGGUUGGUUUUAUUGAUAAUUAACCUACCAAGUUAUUGAUUUCUUAAUGAUUCCAUGAGUUUUGACUCAUUAGGUAAUAUAUACAUGUGUAGUCUGUUGGACAAGUAAACACAAAAAUUAAAAAUCAUAGAUGAGAAAGCCAUCUUGUUUUUACAUCACAGGGUUACAAUAUAUUUAAGCUUAUUUAGCUGCAUAGUGUUUAGUAAAUGAGCUCCACUCUAAUUCUUUUGAAGACAUCAGUUACUUGGAAUAAAUGUGGGACAUAGUGUACAAAUCACAACACUAUUUCCUUAGAUACAUGUCGCUGGUGCAAUGUCUGACACUGUUGGGUUCAUAUGGUAAAGGCUUCUUCUAGCUCAAUGCUAUAACUGUGCACCCAUCUCUUAGUCAUGAGGGUCUAAGCUAUAUAUUACACAGACUAACCUAUGAAAUCAAGAUGAAUAUAUUUAUUAAAAAAAAAAAAAUUAAACACGAUGGUCUCCCUUGAAAUGUAUUGUUAACAAAAUGGUCUCCCUUGAACUGUUUUGUUCACUUCCUAUUUGUCUUGUUGUCUUGCUCAGUUUUAAUAAGUUAGUUUCUCUAUAUCUUAACUUCAAUUGUUUUCGUAACAUUUUCCAUAAAGGGAAUAAGUGAUAAAAUUAUUUGUAGAAAUAUGAACUUAUUUCUUGGAGUUGUGCUUACUUAAGAUUUAACUUCUCAUAGUGCCUGUAUCAUUUUAUCAUUCUUUUUCCAGUGCAAUUAAAUAUAUAAAAUCAGUGCAAGUCAUGGGAUUAUGCAAAUUUUGUAAAUUUUAAUUUAUCUACUAAAAUUUGCACAACAUUUGAUUAUUUUGCUGAUAUGAAUUAACUGCAUCUGCUCGUUCAUAAGCCUGUUGGUUCAUUAGCCUACCCCCUUAGUUUUUAAAGGAAAAAGCUUGAAACGUGUGAAUCCUGCUCAUUAACCUUCCCCAUAAAAUAAUAUUGCCAGUUGAAGCAAUGUGGUUCCAAAGAAAAUAUUUAUUUUUAAAGAUACAAACUUUUAAAAUAAUUAUUGUAUAAAUGAAAAGACUUAAAAAUGAAUAAACAUGCACUAUAUGUCUACCUGUAUAUACGGUAGCCAUACUGAACAUUUCCAAAAUAGGACCUCUGGGAUCUACACCUGCAUUAUUCAAUAUAGGUACUUUGAUAUUCUGAUUCUUUGAUAUUUUGAGUUUUGCCAUUUACUUUUUCUAAAAUUAUAAAAAAUAGCAUAUGACCCAUUCAUAAGCCGACCACCCCAUUUAUUGCACUGAAAUAUUUCCCCUGUUCAUAAAAUGGGCUUAUGAACAAGUAUCUUCGGAAAAUGCUUUGAAUCUUUACCACCAUACUAUGAUCUACAUCCCAUCUUUGAUUGUUUCUCUUAUAUCAUUAAUUAAUAUGUGGCUUUCAACUUGCUCCCCAGUCUGAUAAGGAUUCAGACAGACAAGUGUCUUACAACGAGAUAGAAGAAAUCUGUCAAAGGCUGAAUUUUGUACAGUGGACGGAAACUUCAGUGAAAGCAGGAACAAUGGUGCAAGAAACUGUCACGUAAUAUGACUUAAUUCAUUCAGUUAUUGAAAGCACCUUGCCCCUUAUGUUGCUGCACAAAUGUUUGAUCUUGACUCAUGCAUUACGGUGCACUGUUUUUUUUUACAUGGUGCAGAACUCCUUUCCCUUGAAGUUUUAUCUUCUUACUUUAAGCUUAGCAAUAGUUUGGGAUUAAUUUCUAUGUCAAUGUGAGGAUCAAAAAAAGCUUUGAUGUCACCAUGAGCUUAUUUACAAGUUACAAGCAAGUCAGAAGGGUAUUUUUGUGAGUUUAAAAAACAAACAUUGCUAAGAAAUGACAAUAAACAAUAGCCUGUUGUGAAAUUUAAUUGGGGAAAAAUAUGAUAUAUGUUCAUGUGUUUGAAUGGUUGGUCCAGGGAUGUACAGAGGAUUAGGGGCAUUCAUUUGAAAUGAGACCCACUUCCCUAGUUACCACUUCCUGAUCCUGACCCCAAUGCCCUAACAACAAAUUUUAAAAUAAAUUUAAAGUGAUGGACAUGUUUUUAUUGUUUACCCAUUGAUGUAGGCUCCUUGAAGACCUCCUGUUAGGGUCAAGAUCCCAGGUGUUGGGGUCAAGAUCCCAGACAAUUCCCUCAACUGACCUGGCAUGUAGUGCAUGUAAAACUUUAUAGACCUGGGCUUAUUUCAUUUAAAUGUUCUCUAUAUAUAAGGCUUUUUCAUUUGUUUUACUAUUAGUUUAUAAAUGAUCUAAAUGCCUGAAUAUGCAAAUAAUUGUCUCACAGUGCAUGCCAGGCUUUGUUUUUUUUUUUAAAUAUCUUUUAAAAACUGUUCAUUACUUUCUCUUAAGGUAUCUAAUUGAUGUCAUUCUUGGAAACUCACCAAAAGAUUAUAGUCCAAGUGAGUUUGAGCACGUGGACUCUGUGUCUUUGGUGGACUUAGAAGUCAGUCAUAACACUAAUAAGAGGAAGACAAAAUGUGCUGCUUGUAGAUGAAGACAGUGAGGUGACACAAUUCAGUGGCAUAGCAUCUUUAUCCUUAGUUUAUUGAAUAUGUGGCUGAAAGAUAAUAGAGUUGUUACAACUAACAAAACGGUGCUGAUCUCUUGUAAGGCCUAUGCAAAAGGUAUCAGCUGUGUUAAAGCUACCAUAGUGAGGGGGGAAAAUAUAAUGAUGGAAAAUGAUGGACACAUAGUUUAUCAGUCAGUAGAGAGAUAUGAAGAAUAGAUGGGAUAAAGACACAUAAAGUCACUCUUUGUGAUGGGAUAAAGACACAUAAAGUCACUCUUUGUGAUGGGAUAAAGACACAUAAAGUCACUCUUUGUGAUGGGAUAAAGACACAUAAAGUCACUCUUUGUGAUGGGAUAAAGACACAUAAAGUCACUCUUUGUGAUGGGAUAAAGACACAUAGAGUCACUCUUUGUGAUGGGAUAAAGACACAUAAAGUCACUCUUUGUGAUGUAAAUCAGGGGAUUCCAUGCUUGCAAUUUUUGUAAAAAGUACAAUUGAUAAGCAUACAAAUCUUUUCAAUACCGUAUCCAUCAAAGUGUGAUUCACAAGAUAAAGUUUGGGACCCUGAUUUUGUACAGCGUGUAAAUGAGAGACAGUUAUGACAGCUAUUAGGAAAUAGAACAGGGUAUGCUUAAGCUUGAAAGGAAAUAACAUCACAAUCAACCAUUUCAAGAGAACACAUGUUUAAGCUUGAAAGGAAAUUACAGGACAAUCAAGCAUUUCAAGAGGACACAUGUUUAAACUUGAAUGGAAAUUACAAGACAAUCAAACGAAUGUUUCAGCAAGGAGCCUCAUUCAUUAAGACUUACUAAGAGUUUGAUUUGCCAAAACCAUUUGUAUUAAAGUUUAUAAGAACAAUAUGGAUGUUUCAUGUGAUGCAUGUUAUAAGGAAGCAAGAGUUGUAUUUUUUUUAAAUGUUAAAUUUUGAACCUUGUCCACAUUCCCAGCCUUGCAUGCCGUGUGCCCAUGUUCAUAAACGUGCACAACACCAUUUCUCCCUCCGUUUUCUUAUCAGAAUGCCUGAAAAUGUUCACUUUACCUUUUAAAACAUUUAUGGAUCAUUCCAUUUUUAUUUUGAGCCCUCCCUCAUCUUAAAAUAAAAAAUUGUUUAGAGAUUAAUCAUGACAUUGCUAUUUUUUUACUUUUAUGCAGCAAGUCAAUUUGUCUUCUGCCAAUGCAUUCCAAACCUUUUAAAAAUGGUCCAUGUUUGAUGAAUUUUGUGAAAGAUUGCAUAAUUAACCCUUUCGUUACCGAUGACGUUGACCCGAUGACCCACCUUCAAUUACCAAGGGCGUCACAUUGUCGUCAUAACAAAGAGGCAACGAACGUUUCUGAAAUACCAAGGAAGUCACGUCUACAUCAUAUUUCAAUGCUAUAUAUUUUCUUUAUUCGUUAAUUAUUAGAGAAGUUAUUAAGCGAAUCGGAUAGACAAUGAAAAAUA